UAGCUCCACUCUACUGGAGAGAUAAACUUGGCUUACUCAGCUUUUUUCUUCUCUCUCUCCUAUUUUUCACACAAUAAACACCCUCUCUCUCCUUUAACAAUGCCCUUUUCUUACUACCGGAUAAAUCGGAGUUCCCUCUUCAUGUUCGGGCGAAAAGUUUGAAGCUUUCAAGUUUCAUUUUCCUCCUUUUAUUUGGAGGGAAAGUAAUUAAGAUGGAAGAAGGAAGUGAAUUUCGACAAUGGGAUGAGUUAAUUCCAGAUGCAUUAGGCUUAAUUUUUAAAAAGCUUCCAUUGGAGGACAUAAUAACAGUGAUUCCUAGAGUGUGUAAGGCAUGGGGGAAAGCAGUUCAAGGGCCUUAUUGUUGGCAAGAGAUAGACAUUGAUGAGUGGAGCAUUGAUUGCCAGCCUGAAAAGCUCGAUCGCAUGCUCCGAUUGUUGAUUACUCGAAGUUCAGGUUCGCUUCGCAAGCUCCAUGUUUCGUGUGUCAAUAACGAUGAGAUUUUCGCUUUCAUCGCUGAGAAUGCGGGCUCCCUUCAGAAACUUAUAAUGCGGAGAAGCGAAAUCAGUGAUUCUAUAGUGGAGCAAUUAGCUGGGAAGUUCUCUAGAAUCACUUCAUUAGACCUGAGCUACUGUUGUCGUAUUAGCACUCAUGCCUUAGAGGCCAUUGGGAAGAACUGCAAGCUUCUGUCAUCAUUAAGCUGGAAUAUGCACCCUUUAGGCUCAGCUUACAAGCCUUCACAUGCUGAAGAAGCUCAUGCUAUUGCCCAAACAAUGCCUAAGCUUAAGCAACUGGAGCUUGCUUACCUCCGAAUUAAUGUAGAUAGUGUCUUUGACAUUCUAUCGGGGUGCCCCGACCUCCAAUUCUUGGAUUUGAGAGGGUGUUGGGAUGUCCACCUAGACAAAAAGAGUCUCGAGAAGCGGCACCCCAAACUCGAGAUUCUCGGGCCUCAAGUAGUAAUGGGUGCUUUUGAAAGGAGAGCGUAUUUCGAUGAUUAUUACUCGGACUCAGAUUUCUCAGAUUAUGAUUACAUGGAUUAUAGUGAUGAUGAAAGCUUUGAUGGGAUGUGGGAUGAUGAAGAUCUAGAGCUCAGGAUUUAUCAAGGCUCUGAUAACAUGUAUGAAUUUGGCUGGCCUCCAUCUCCUUAGUGCUUGCUAUAUUAUGUAGUUUAUGUUAUUUUUCACACCUUGUGAAAAUUGUGAAGAGUCUACCACCCCCUAAAUCUUAGUUUUUUUCCUGCUUGGCUUUGCAUUAAUACACUUGCAGUAGGUAACCCCCUUUUAUGUGGAUCUAUAAAUACUCUUAAAUAGUAUGAAUGGAGUAUUGCAGUUUGUAUAAUUUUUGCUCUGAUGUCUAAAAGUAGUAGUAGUUUUGCUGAUUUACUGGAUUGUGCUCUCCAAUGUUAAGAGUAUGUAAUUAUUUGUAGUUUAUAUUAUGUCUUGAAAAACAAGGUAUGAAAACCUUCUCAAUUCUCAUACUAAUUUGAUAACAUUGAACAA